GCACCAACUGCGUUCGCGAAGCGCAAUCGCCGAAAACUAACAGUAGGAGGUUGACACCCACUUUUUGCACACAAAAACCGCAAUAACACCUUUAAACAAACACACAGCAUAAAAUUGGUGCCCCCCUUCAGCCGAAUAACCCCCCGGCGUGUGUUAUCACUAAAAUCGCAGCCACAAUGUCCGAAGGCGACGUCACGACCCCCGACGAGUUCGAGCACGAAAACGAGACAAAUUACAAGCCCCCGCCCGAAAAAACCAUCGAGGAGAUCCUGCAGGCGGACCAGGACGAUGAAAGUCUGCGGAAGUACAAGGAGACGCUCCUGGGGCAGGCCCAGACCGGGCCUGUGAUCGUUGAGCCUGAUAACCCCCGCAAAGUCAUCGUGAAGCGGCUGGUUUUGGUGGUGGCCGAUAGGCCGGAAAUCGCGCUGGAUUUGACGGGGGACUUGUCCCGGUUGAAGAAAGAGACUUUCGUGAUUAAGGAGGGCGUUUCGUACAGAAUCCGGAUAGAGUUUAUCGUCCAGAGGGAGAUCGUGCAUGGGCUUAAGUACGUGCAAAAGACCAGCAAACUCGGAAUGUCAGUGGACAAAAUGACCCAUAUGGUCGGCUCAUACGCCCCCAAAAUGGAAAUUCAGUCCUACACCACACCACCAGAGGAUGCCCCCACGGGGAUGUUAGCACGUGGUUCGUACACAGUCCACUCCCUGUUCACCGACGAUGACAAAAACGAGCAUCUCAAAUGGGAGUGGAGCUUCGAAAUCAAAAAAGAUUGGAAAGAUUAAAGCCAAAACAAGUAUUACUAUUAACCGCAAUAAAUUUAUAUACCUACCUUUUAUAAUAAGUAUACAGACCUUUUGACAAUUUUACAAGACGUCAGUAUGCCUUAACGUACAAUUUUCUAUCCUUUGCUCAUUCAAAAAUGCCUUACCUGUGUUAGUUUGCUGAUGUAUAUUGCAUUUAUCGUACUGAUCAAGCUUUAGACCAAUUAAGUGUGUUGCUACUUUCAAAUAAAACAAAAUGAAAAGGA